UACGAGAGGAUGCACAAGGAGCUCACCGACAAGCUGGAGCACCUGGAACAAGAGAAACAUGAACUAAGGAGGCGAUUUGAGAACAAAGAAGGAGAAUGGGAAGGAAGGGUGUCUGAACUGGAAAGCGACGUGAAGCAGCUGCAGGAUGAGCUGGAGAGGCAGCAGGUUCACCUGCGCGAAGCCGACCGCGAGAAGACACGGGCCGUCCAGGAACUCUCCGAACAGAACCAAAGACUCCUGGACCAGCUCAGCAGGGCGUCGGAGGUGGAGCGGCAGCUCUCCCUGCAGGUCCACACCCUCCGGGAGGACUUUCGGGAGAAAAAUUCCUCCAGCAGCCAACACAUCGUGCGGCUUGAGAGCCUCCAGGCCGAGAUCAAAAUGCUGACGGACAGAAAGCGAGAGCUGGAACAUCGCCUUAGUGCCAUGAUGGAGGAGAACGACCUGCUCCAGGGAACUGUGGAGGAGUUGCAGGACCGAGUCCUCAUCCUGGAGAGACAAAGCCAUGACAAGGACCUGCAGCUGCACCAAAGCCAGCUGGAGCUCCAGGAGGUGCGGCUGUCCUACCGGCAACUGCAGGGGAAGGUAGAAGAGCUCAGUGAGGAGAGAAGUCUCCAAAAUUUGAACACAACCAGCACGUCCCUGCUAUCUGAGAUAGAGCAGAGCAUGGAGGCAGAGGAACUGGAACAAGAACGAGAACAGCUGAGGCUACAGCUCUGGGAAGCAUAUUGCCAAGUGCGAUAUCUCUGCUCCCAUCUCAGAGGAAACGACAGUGCAGACUCAGCAGUCUCUACGGACUCCUCCAUGGAUGAGUCUUCAGAAACCUCAUCAGCCAAAGAUGUCCCAGCCGGCAGCCUACGGGCAGCUCUCAGUGAGCUGAAAAGACUGAUACAAAAUGUGCUGGAUGGGGCAGACUCCACGAGCUCUCGACGAAGCGACGAUGACACCUUAGAGGAACAGAUCAGGCGAACAAGUGAGGAUUCACGAGCCCUGAGGGAAUUAAUGGAGGGAGAACGGGGGAAACUGAGGCAGAGUUUGGAGGAGCUGCAGCGACUGCACAGCCAGGUCACACUGCUGAGCGUGGAAAUGACGACACUGAAGGAGGAACGGGACCGGCUGCGAGGAGCUGCCGAAGACAAGGAGAUAAGUGAACGGCUCCUGCAGGCCAUCAGGGACCGAGAUGAGGCCAUUGCCAAGAAGAACGCAGUGGAGGUGGAGCUAGCCAAGUGCAAGAUCGACAUGAUGUCCCUCAACAGCCAGCUGCUGGACGCCAUCCAGCAGAAGGUGAACCUCUCGCAGCAGCUGGAGGCCUGGCAGGAUGACAUGCACAGGGUCAUUGACCAGCAGCUGAUGGACAAACACCCGAAGGAAUGGAGCCAGCUUGCUUAUUCCUUCUCCAGUGGCUACGGCGCAAAGCGGAGUGCCAGACCCUCCCCCGUGUUCAGGCCGGAGCAGCAGGGGGACGAGCCCAUUGGGGCAGAAGGGAACCGUCUCUUUUCCUUUUUCAAGAAAAAUUAA